AAAACUGUAAAUAGAGAUACAUGGAAGAUCCUAGAUAUUAGUCGGAGAUAUUUGUUGAAGACCUGACUGAGUAUUUUGUUGUUGAACAGCUCCCUGACUUUGUGGAGAACGUGUUGUGCUAACAGAAAAGCCUGCUAUUUCUCCGGCAGCAAACACACUACAAUGGGUGCACAAAGACAAUUACGGUUGGGCUGAAAUAACUAUUUCCACUCCCUUUUAUAAGAACCAUCUUUUACAGAGCCCAAAAUUAAAUCACGGUCUCUUUUUGAGAGUAAAGACUAAAGACUAAAGAGAGAGAAAAAGAAACAAGCAGCCAUGGAAGAUGCCCUAACUGAAGCACCACCGCCAUCAAGGUUUUUCAAUGAAGAUCUUGACAACUUUAUCAAACCCUCACCUCCACUCCCCUCCCCCUUUCUUCUUUUCUCUGACCCCAACUCCAAUUUACUCAGCCCAUCUUUACUCAUCAUCGCCAUCUCCUCUCCCUCUCUUCAUCUGCUUCACCAAAUCUCUUCAAAAACCCUAAUUGGAUCACUCAUUCUUCCUGAAGUACCCUUUUCAGGAAACUCCAUUGAACCUUCUCCAAAGGAUAAGUCAUGUAAUAUCUACUCUAUUAAUGGUGAUGAUGGGAGAUCGAUCCUUUUAGUGCUUACUCAGUUUUCGAUCUCCCCAGAAAGAUCUCACACCGUUGCAAAACUACUAAUCGAUGGAAACAAGAUUCAUCCAGAGAAAGUACUCAUUCUCGAUUCGAUUGAGAGUAGAAAUUUCCGUGGGAAACUUCCUCCGGAUGAGAUACUAGGGUUUAAACUAGAAACAAUGGAGGAGAAGUUAACUAGUGAAGCAAUGGUGAAAGGCUUGGAUUAUUUUCCAUCUGGAAGUGUUAUUGACGGAAUUUCUGCUGCUCUUCUUGCUCGUUGUCAAAUUAAGAAGAUUCGUGCAACGUUAUGCGUUACCUGGCCCCAAAAUGGUUAUUCUGUAAUCUCUUAUCUUAAAUCUGUAGUUCUUAAAGAUGUUUUGCCUAAACUUACCUUGAGUAGUGUUCUUUUAGAUUCUGAUUUGGUUAGAGAUUCUCGUUAUGAAUCUGAAUUGUACACCUGAGAUAUAUUUUCGAUGUUACAUGAAUUUCUGAACUUGAUAGAACGAAGAAUUAGACGAAUUUAAUCUACUUAUUAUUUCUCUGA